UUUUAAACUCACAUGGUAUCGACCAGUUCGAGAACAAGGAAUGGAAAUGGGGUGAGAAUGUGAGGUGUUUGGAUUGUGAGGUAAGCACUGAAGUGAUAGGUGAUCAUCUGAUCGUCUUGUCGUCUUGCGCCUCCUUGCGAUUCAAUGAUGUGGGGUCGUUGUCGUGAAAAUGCUUCGGACGAUCGCCGCCGACCCCGAAUGAAGAAAAACGCUCACGGUAUCGGCGAAAGGCUCACCUACCCAUCGUCAUCAUAUCUUAGCCGUAUGAUUGGCCAAAUGUCGUCCUCCAAUAACAGAGCGGCGAAAUAGCGCAUGACUGUAGUGGGUGAGAGCGUUUUGUUUUUGUGCUUUAUUUCUUGUGUUUUUGUUUGUAAACUUCCUUCUCGUACCUUGUAUCGAUAUCACUUUCGUGUACGGUCGUGCUCCUUUGUGCGUCGGGAUAUCUACGGUUCAGGACAAUCCUUUGCGAGAUGACUUUGAAGAAUGCAUAUGUCGCCCUGGCACAAGACGUCGAUCACAGUCGCGCGCCAGACACCCCUUCAGAGGGAGUGACGUUCAUAUCAGCACCCACGUCUCUAUCACCAACGCCGUCAGACGACGGAUUUGGUAUCAAAGAGCGAUGGCGGACUAUGAGAUCUCGUCUCGCAGACUUUGUCGACAUCAAUGCGGGGAUGUUAUUAAUUAUAUUCGCCCAGCUCUUCUUCUCUUUCAUGAAUGUUGCUGUGAAGGGACUCAAUAGCUUAGACCCACCGGUUCCUGCGUUAGAGUUGAUAGUGGUGCGGAUGGUGAUCACAUUCACUUGCUGUGUACUCUACAUGGUAAUAAUGAAAAUCCCGGACCCUUUUCUUGGUCCAAAGGGUGUUCGAUUGCUUUUGGCCUGCAGAGGCUUUUGCGGCUUCUUCGGGUUGUUUGGGAUGUAUUUCUCCCUCCAAUACUUGUCGCUCGCCGAUGCCACGGUCUUGACAUUCCUGGGACCACUUGCCACCGCCGUAGCAGGAUAUUUUAUACUCAAAGAAAAUUACUCCAAAAAGGAAGCCCUUGCCGGAAUUUGCAGUCUGAUGGGCGUCAUCUUGAUCGCUCGCCCGCCGUUCCUGUUUGGGAAUAUCCAGAGUAUAAACCCUGACAGCGAAGAUGCAGCGGUGAAGGCAACGCCAGCGGAGAGAUUUAAGGCAGUAGGCGUGGCCCUUUUGGGUGUCACCUUUGGAACUGGUGCUUUAAUUUCAAUUCGUGCGAUUGGAAAACGUGCGCAUCCAUUGCAUUCAAUGACCUUCUUUUCGCUCUGGUGCGUUAUCGUAGCGACCGGCGGAAUGAUUGUCGGCGAAGUACCCGUGGUGUAUCCAACUAGAUGGGAGUGGGUGGUGUUGUUGAUUCUGAUAGGGCUUUGUGGCUUUUUUGCGCAGACCCUUGUAACAAUGGGACUCCAGCGCGAAACGGCUGCACGGGGUGCUAUGGGAGUUUAUAUCCAGGUGAUCUUCGCCGGUGUGCUGGAACGAAUCGUCUUUCAUACAGUCCCGACAAUGCUAUCUAUGAUUGGCGCUGGAAUAAUCAUGACUUCCGCUGUAUUCGUCGUCAUGACAAAAAAGAACACACCUGACAAUAAGAGCAGAGGGGUCGUUCUUGAGGACGUCGAAGGCUCAGCUUUGGAAGAGGGAUUGCUGAAUGGGAGACACUCGGAAUCACACGACGAACCGAUGAAGCUCGAGGAUGUGGACGUAAAUAAGGCUUCUGUUGGUGACUCUGACGGCAUAAACGGUACAUGGCCCGAUUCACCUGCCCCUUUUGAAAACAAGGUCCCUCAAGCUUAGACACUUGGACGAGCUGGCCCACUCGUCCAGUUCGUCGAACCUGGUUCCUUCGAUGUAUUGGCAGCUUUCCUCCAUUUUUUCUACUAGAGGACUUCAGGGUUGAUUGAAGAUACGAAGAUGUAUACCUGUGAUGAAAUUGCUCGGUUAACACCAAU